UGUAGAUCCACAAGCGCUCGAUCAAUCGAAGCUAUAGCGAUUUUCUGUUGUCUCGUCUUAGUAAAUUAACAAAAGCAAAAUGAAAUUGGCUCUUUUUUCCCUGAUGUGUUUCUUUUCGGUUGCUUGGCAACAAAACGUCCAAUGGGCAUUGCCUACCUGGCGCCCACCGUUUUACAACCAACUGCCUAUAUAUGGACCGAUAUUUGCAUCCCAAUCGAACCAUUUGAUGCGUUACCCAAAUUUAAUAGCGAAGCAUCACGAGGAGUCGCAUCACAUCAAGACAAGAACUAAUGCGAAUCAAAGAGCGUUUGGCCUAAGCGGCAUCAAUUAUUUGGCCAGUCUCAUCCUCAAUUCACUGUCUUUAACUGCCACCAGCACGGCCUUUACGACUUCUACGUCGACCAUUACCGGUGCAACUGUAGUCACCUGUUUGACCAGCACAAUGUUCUCAGCGACUGCGGCUUGCCGACGCAAAAGAGCCGCCGUUUUCGAUAUGUUGACUGGUGAUCACUACGAUCAGCACAACGAGCCCUUUAGCAAGGAAAAUGCGUUCGAUGAUCUACCUAGAGAAGGCAGAGACAUCAACCCAGCUGACAUCUUAGCAUCAUCUUGGAUCGAACGAGACCUCGAUGUUUUUGGAACCGAGUCAUCCAUCAAUGCCCGAAAACUAACAUCGACGGUCACAUCAACCUCGAUGUUAACCGCAUUUUCUGUGUCUGUGAAAACAAGUACAAGUACUGUUACAAAUUUGGCUUCUAGUGCAGCUCUUAGCUGUCUGCCAUCAGGAUUUACCCUUUGCUAAACUUAUUUUGAAGAUAAGCUUUCGUCAGCACUUUUGAUUCGACGAAUUUCUAUAUUAUAAUAUAAUUAAAAGUGGUUUAUUUAUCUCUGUUGCGUUGCUUCAAUUAAUACACAUAAAUUCAAUACAUUCUAA